AGCCUGCAAAUGAAGCUCCAGCAGUUAGAAUCAAAUCGUGAACGUGAACUCGCUGAUCAUGGGAAAGUAUUGGCGGAGAUGCAAUUAAGAUUUGCCAAGGAACAUCAGUCAUUCGAAGCAGGUGCGAAAGAGAGUGCUGUUCUUUCCAAAAAAAUUAGCCAAAAAGACGAUGCUCUCAACCUGCUGAAGGCUCGUGAAGCUGAACUUGUUCGACAGGUAUCUUCAUUAAGCAAAGAGGUGAAGGAACUUACAGAGAAAGCUUAUCACGUCCCUUCCAUACAAAUUCUCAAGGACGAAAUGGCAAAUCUGAGAAAUGAUCACGCUAGAGAAUUACGGGACGCAGUAACCAAGGCAAAGCAUUCAACGCAGCUGGAAGAGCAAGAAAAAGCUUCAUUCAAAAUUGCUGAACUUGAAGAGAAAACCAUGAAUCUUUUGGAAACAGUUGCCAGAAGUGAGGAAGCACGGAGCGAAGCGCGUGAGGCUUUACUCCAUAUAGAGAAGGAAAAAUCUGCUCUUAUUGAGGAGUUAUCGGAACUACGAAAGCGCCUAAAGAACGAGGAGCUGAGUUCUGCUGAACGCGAUGAAGUUGCCAGCGAUGUCAUAACAACUCUGAAAUCGGCCAUUGCAAAAAUCCGCGAAAAGAAUCCAGAUUUUGAUCUUCAUUCUUUACUCGGGCCAGAUCCGGAAAAUAAGAAGCUGCAGCACGAGCUUCGAGCUCUGAGAGAUGAAUACAACCAAUGCAGACAGCGUCUAGAUAUGCUUACUACCAGCAGUGCUGAAACCAUUCAUGCUAGUAAUUCGAAAGAUGAAAAUAUUUGUCUUGUGGCGGAGCAAUUCCAAAACAAGAUUCGGAAGCUGAUGGCUGUUCACGCUAAGGAUCGGGCUGCUUAUGAAAAGUCGGCAUGUGAUUUGAAUGCAAGAAUUUCCGAAUUAGAACAGAGAGAGGGCCGACUUGUUGCUGAAAUGAGGCGAGAGAUGAACAAUAGAAUUUCUGAAAUGGAAGCCGAGAUGCAAAAACAGAGAAACCGUACAAUAGAUGUGAUGGCUGAAAAAGAAAAGGAGUUAGAGGCUGCCAGGUUGGUUACUCUUGGUAUCUGGGAAAUUAAAAGCCUUAUGAGGACUUCUUCGAAUUAUGAGCUCAGAUUAUCAAUAAAGUAUUUUUUCGUCAGAACAAUACUUGUUUCUCUUCGAUCUGAACAAAUGAGCGCACCAGCUGAUCCAGCACAGGCUGGUAAGAUAACUGUUUCUAAAAGGAGAUCUAGCGAGUACAAACGAUAUGGGGAUAGGAGAUACAGUACAGGUCUGAAUUUUUCAUCUCUUAAUACAAUUGAGUGGAAGAAUGCUUUGAUUUUUUUAGGGUCUAGGAAGAGCAUGGAUGGAGUUUCCGUGAGCAGCGUGGAAGCAGUAGUUGAUGGAAGUUCAAUUCCUAUUCCCAUGGCAAACGAGUCACGAAAUAUCUUCUACGAAGAAGAAUUGUUGAAGAAGGAGCGCGAAAUCCAGGAGAUGAGGUUGGUUAGGCGAGGCACAGAUUUAACAGAAAAAAGUUCAAAUACGACGAUGAUGUUUAGGAAUGUUUCGCAUCAACUUGACUAUCGGCUUCGUGAAGUUGAACAAGCUGCACUGGUGAAAGAACUUGAGCAUCACAAGAAGACUGAGGCAAUGAGUGAAGAGAUAACAAAAUUGCAGAACAAACUCUCCCUUCUUUCGACUGGUGGUGAAAUGGAGUACUUACGCAACAUUUUUGUACAAUUCAUACAGUCAAACAACUCCUCCGCUAAAAAAAAUAUCCUCAAAGCGAUGGGAAUGGCACUCAAGCUGAGCGCUAACGAGAUGAAAUCGAUAGAUAGUAAAUGA